AGUCACGAACUCCUUACUUAGUAGUGAAUAGCGAGGUUAGAAUAAAUAAAUUGAGAAAUUAAAAUUCCAUGUUGAAGCAAGGCAACACUAAAUAAACGUCGAAGCCUGUAAUCGUGUAAAAGAGAUGGCGAAAAGAACUGCAACAACAGACCUCAACCAUGACAAUUGGGAUCAAGAAGUUGAAUCGGAAGAAGCAGGAACCUUCAAAACUGCUUCAGCAGACUUGCUGCAGAAGAGGGCUAUAAAAGUAGCUCGGCGAAGAGUCAAAACAUCUGAAAGUAGUGAAGCGGGAAAAUCUUUGUUUGCCGGAUUCACUGGAUUUAAGCCAAGCACACCAUCACUGAACCCAAGUUCUAAUUCCAAGACCAGUUUUGGUUUUUUGAGCAACUCCACUUCAUCUAGUACCUCUACACCAUCCACCAAUGGCACAACCAUUACGCCAAUGUCAACGGAAGUUACAGCUGAACAGAAAUAUCUCAGCAACCUACAGGAGCUCAAUAAGAGCGUUUCAACCUGGAUCAAGUCUUGUGUCGAUAAAAACCCUGGCUGCAUUUUAACUCCAGUGUUUAAAGAUUAUGAGAAAUAUUUAAAAGAACUUGAGGAUGAUCGAGACACAUCAAAGAAAGCAGGCACAACAGUGGUUUCUUCUGCACCUAAAACACUCUCUUCAUUUAGUUUUGUUAGUAGCAGUACCAGUGAUAAUAAAUUUGCCAUAAAUGUACCUAAAACGUCAGAAAGCAGUAGUACAAAAACUUUUACAUUCGUUGAUAGUAACAAGAAAACCGAUUCUACAGACUCAACUAAAUUUGAACAAUCUUUGUUUGGAGUAAAAGAGAGUGAAUCUGGUACUGGUCGAAGUCCAAUGCUACAAGACGAUUCAACAAAAAAACCAAGUGUACCAUCAAUCUUUGGAGGUUUCAAUAGCGAUUCUUCUGGUUCAAGCUUCCUGAAGAAACCUGACCCUGCGUCUUUGAUGAUCAACCCUUUUACUUCCUCCCUCAGUAAACCUGCAACUGACAAUAGCUCAAUCCCUGCGAGUUCAAGGGAAAACAAAGAAGAUGAAGAAGAAGAAGAAUCAGAUGAGCCGCCCAAGGUGGAGGUGAAGCCUAUUGAGGAGAAGGGAUCCGUGUUUUCUACAAGAUGUAAGGUGUUUGUGAAGAAAGACAGUAAUUAUAAGGACAAAGGAGUAGGGACCCUGUACAUCAAGAAAGUUGACGAGGAGAGGCACCAGCUAUUAGUGAGAGCUGAGACGGUUCUGGGAAAUGUACUGUUGAAUGUGCUGCUGUCUAGCGGCGUACCGACACAACGCAUGGGCAAGAACAAUGUCAUGUUGGUGUGUCUACCUACGCCACAAGACCCUCCACCUCCCACUACAGUGCUUCUGCGAGUCAAGACUGCUGAAGAAGCGGAUAACUUGCUUAGCACCAUAGACAAAUAUAAGCCAUCUAACUAAUUGUA